AUACGCUCGAGUGUAGUUGUUUUAUGCGGAUGAAGUUGGUCGAUGACUUCUUAACGAUAAAUUUGUUAUUUUUGGUGUAUGUGAAAUUGUCGAGUUUUGUCUAUUUCUUUUGUUUUUGUUUUUGUUGCCGCGAAUAUAUGUAUAUUUCUGUUGAUGACGCCUAACAACAUUAAUAUGUAUAUUAGUGCGAUUUUGUAGAGUGUUCGGGCGAAACGAAACGAUGCGCAAAAGAAGAAUUCGAUUCUGACGAAAUUCUUUUUCAAGAUCUCUCCACAUACAAAACCUACUCAUAUGCAUAUGUAUGUCGAUAUUGUAGACUCCUCACUGUGUGUAGCUUCGGAUCGGGACAACAACUGAGCCCGAUAGUGUGCGUCGCCAGAGAUUUAUCAAUUUGUAAUUGAAUCAAUCGCCCAGCGGAAGUGCAAAUCAACGAAUAAAACACCCCCCAAUCCCCCGCCUCCACAACACCCCAAAACAAAUAAAAAAAAGCAUCAAAAAAAAAAAGAAUUAUAAAAUAAGAAGAAAGCAAAAAAAAGAAACAAAAGAUAAACCGACGACAAUCAACGACAACGACGAGGAGAAGGAGAGGAAGAAGAAGAAGUAGUCACCCCCCUCGACAAACUCAACAACAUCAGCUCAUCCGAGAUCAUGUGGCAUUUGUUAUACUGUCUGCCCCUGUUGCUUGUUGCAACUGCAGCCUCCCCCAUCCUCAGCCGGCCCCAAAGCGCCAGUCUACUGAGAUCAACAGAUGCACAGUCCGAGAGCAUUUGCCAGCAUUGUUACUGUUAUCGCUAUACGGUGAUCUGUGACUUUGCCCGCAACCACACGCUGUCGUCCAUAUGGAACAGCACGUAUAUGGUUCCACCGAUCAUCACGGGAAUGGAGAUACAGCUGACGGAUCGCACACAAUUGCAGUUGCAUGGCGGACUCUUUCGUGAGAAUCGCGUCAAUCGGUUUGUGGUAAAGGGCGCUAAUGGUGCCAAUGGCAAUGAUCAGGUGGAAUUGACCCACAAUGCCUUUGGCGGCAAUCUCGGUGGAUAUCCGGAUAUUCAGAUACUCGGCGUUAACAGUGUAUUUGUGCGCGAUCACGCAUUCUCAGGGGGCGAGAUCAAGCUGAGUGUGGUGAACAGCGGUCUUCUGGUCUUGUUUUCGAGCGCCUUCAUCAAUAUGAACAUGUCGUGCAAUUUUACGAACAUAAAGAGCCUGGAGAUCAAGGAGAAAGCCUUCAAUCCCAGUACAAAUCGCAGCACUCAGGCACAUGUAAAUCUACAUAUUCAAAAAUCGAAUAUUGAUCAAAUCGAUAGUUUCGAUGUGUCGAUGGAUAAAAUCGGAUUUAUCGAUUGCACGAUUGGAGUUAUUCAGAGAAGUGCAUUUAAUGUCACCAAUAUCAAGGAGCUUUCAUUUGAAAAUUGUCGCAUUAAAAGGAUCGAGGCAUAUGCCUUCACCGAUAAACUGCACAGCGAACAUAUAUCGAUAACGGGCACACAAAUUGGAACCAUUGAGGGAGAGGCCAUAAUGGGUAGCGGCAUUUCGAUAUUAACAUUUAGACAGAAUGUCAUUGAUACGAUCAAGGAGGCUGCGAUACAGGUGAAUAGUGUCUAUGUGUAUAUCGAACGGAAUAAGAUUGCGCAUCAGGGUAAAAACUGGUUGCAUGUGCAGAAGGGAGAAAUGGUUGUUAUCGAGAACAAUCGAUUUGCCAACUUUGCAGCUAUUCAGCUGGAGCAAUCGAAUCGCAUUAACUGCAGUUUUGCCAACAAUUGGCUGGGGAAUCCCCAGCCGAGUAGCCUGAACUUCAGCAACUGUGAGAUGCGUGCGAUAACCGUUGAUCGCGUUUGCAGCUGUGAAGAUAAUAAAAAUUGGCUGCCAAUGUUAACGGAUCACGAUAUCAGCUCGGAAAUGUAUUGUCAAUUAUCGGAGAGGUUGCACAGUUGCUUCAAUGCGUCCACGGUGCAUUUACGGCGAUAUGCGAGCGAGGCAUGUGGCAUUAAUCGAACGACGUUGCACUGUGUCGAUCGCAGCACAUUGGAGUGGUACAACGGUGAUUUCUACUCCAAACAGGAGCGCGAGGAGCAACAACGUGGCAUAACAAUUACAAUGAUCAUUGCAAUUAGCUUUAUAUUCGUAUGCAUCUCAUUCUUUGUUAUCGUGAUCGUUUGGUCCGUUAUCAGAUGCCAUAGAACACGUCCCGUUAAGGAGUACUGCCAUUUGUCCCCAGAGGAUUGCCUUAUACUGCAGCGUGAGAAAGUGCCCCGUGAGGUGGCAAGAUGUUUUCAAAAAUUGACCAGCAAUAAGCUAACAAGCGAUCAAUGCGCCAAUACCAUUAGUCUGGUAAUGAAACAAUACGUCGAUCGGAUUCCACAACCGUCCAACCAAGUGCUCGCCAAUCAUUUGCAACACGCUCAUGCCAAAUCAGUGGUAGGUGAGGAAUACGGUGUCACAUCACAGGCCAUCGCCCAAUUAACACGUCCCAGUGCACCUAGCGAAUUCAGUGGCGAUGAGAACAUGUACUCGGAGCUGCUGCUCGACAAUGAGUAUUCGUCGCCCAACGAUUCCGUAGAUCCAUCUUUGGACAAUGUCUACUCGGAGCCCAAAAACUUGGUCGAUGAUGCGAAUGAUAUGCCGCCGGCUUAUGAGGCAAUGCCACAAUAUGCCACAUUGCAGCCACAACCGCCACCGCCAUCGAUGCUGCAACAACAACACCAUCACAAUCCCAAUCAUAAUCAUCAUCACCAUCACCUUCAACUGCCGUCCACAAGCUCCGUCCGGCGGGGACAGGAGUUGCCCGAUGUGCUCUAUGUGCGUCAUCCAAAAACUGCGAAUAAUGCCAGCAAUGCAAAUUAUGCCACGCCCGUUUGGCGGCCAACGCCCACAUCGGCGCCCAUUAGCGUUGCAUCAGCACCAACAACAUCAGGGGCAAUUCCCGUUCAACCGCCAACUUUGCCACCUCAGUUGAAUACACAACAACGACAUGUGCGAGAUUUGCGGCAAGAUCUGGAGGCGAUGCCACAAUUCCAUCCCAAUCAAUUAACUUCGGCCCGCAAUCAAAGUCAGCUUCAAUCACGCUUUGCCACCAAUCCACGCAACAACAACAACAGCAGUAACAACAGCAACAAUGGUGGCACCAGCAGCAGUGGCAACACCUUGAAGAGAAGCUUCGAGUGUCUGGAUGGUGCUGCAAGUUUGGCGGCCAUGGAACUUAUGGACAUGCGAGGGGCAACUGCAUUACCGCCCGAUUCGGGUUCGGAUCAUUCCGGCGGCAGCGAUGAGACUGUUAAAAUCGAUGACGUCAUUGAAUAUGCCGAUGCUGAAAAGUGUGCAAUGCUUUGUGGCAAGACGACGGCAAACAUCGACAAGAAAAACAUGUGAUACACAUAGAUAAAAAUAAACACACACACACACACACACAUACACAAACAUACACAUAUACAGUUUAUCAAGUAACUGUUUUGACAACUUAAAAUAUUCGUAUUUAAUGUCGAAACAGUGACUUGACAUUCUUUAAACACACAUAUUUAUAUAUUUACUAUAUUUAAAAUACGCAUAAUCCAUGAGAUAUAACCACAACUAUGCACUAGUUCCUAAGAUAUCUCUAAUUGUAAUCAUAAACCCUACUAUUUUUUUUAAUCAAUGUAAAUAGACUUUUUUUUAUACCCUAUAACCAUUGCAAAUGGUCAAAAGAAGAUAUUAUAUCACUUUGGGAAGUCUGUAUGUAAUAGACAAAAAUAGUUUAAAAAUAAACUUUUUGAUUAUUACAUACUUUGCCACCAAGCUAUAAUACUCUUGAGUAUAAAUAAUAAAAACAAACGAGAAAAAAGUGAACAAAAAAGAACAAAUGAAAAAAACGAAUAAAAAAAUGAAUAGACAAGACAAAU